AUGAAAAGGGCGAGAGCUGCUUCUAGAAGCCGAAAUCAGCCAUGGAACCGGAGUGGACAAGCGGCGGUAGCGGUCAGCAGUGGAAGUCCGACAUGGAAUCAAGGUGGAAAUCCGGCGAUGGCAGUCGGGGGAGGAAAUCCGGCGUGGACUCCGGGGGGACAAGUAGUGGCGACCGGCGGAGCAUGGAGAGGCAGCGAGAAUCAGGCUGCCAACGCCAACACACCGGCGGGUAGCAUCGGUCCACCGCCACCGCCACAUAAUUGGGCCGAAGAGGAGAGGGUCGGAGCUUUGGCGGCGAGGGUUUUUGGAGGAUACGAGGACGGGGAAGAUAGUUGGGCGUGGCACUGAACAUCGAGGGCUCAACUAUGUGAAUGGAGUGGCUCAACAGGGUACUGCGAGCUGACUCAAGGACUGACAGAGGAGCAGACCUGGCUCUGGCAUCGGCGGUUAGGACACCCAUCCAUAGGAUAUUUACGGUUAAUUUAUCCACACUUAGUUACUUCACAUCCACUAAAUUGUGAGACUUGUUUUCUGGCCAAAAGCCAUCGUCACUCAUUUAAACUCAAUAAUACUCGUGUGAAGUCUGUUUUCUC